CGGUUCUAAAAUGAGAAAUUUGUUCGUUACCAUUCUUAUACAUAAUCAGGUACCGGAUGUAAAGACACUAUGGGAGGAGAACUGGGAACUGUUGAGUGAGGAUCUUAUCAUUCGUCAGCAUAGAGCAUUGAAUUUACCGAACUUGCAAUUAUGUCCAGAUCAACUCAAGGAAUUGUGUCUUAUUGAGAUAGAGAAAUUAUUUCAGAAGCAUUAUAAAUCUCUAUCUGAUUUUCCAGGGUUACCAGUUCCAAUUUCAGUUUCAGGCCACAGUUAC